UCUAAACUCCUUGGACAAGCUUUCAAAAGACCAAUUUUACUACAACUUCAAUUUUUCCCCGCACCUGUCAUUCUACCAUAUUCUAAAUGGAUAAAUCCGGCAAGGAGAUCGCAUCGCCAACAUAUAAGCCCCCGUUCCCGCCCACUUCUUCCUUGGUUUCUCAGGAUGACCUAGUCCUCCCUGCAGCCUUCAACGAUUUAUCUCCCAUAGCAAGGGAACUGCAGCCACUGAGAUAUGAGGCUAGAGAUGAGGUGCAUAGAUUUCUUUGCGCCUUUUUCGAUCUUUCUCGAUUCAAUGCCAUACGCAAGAUGUUAUGGCUAAUCGCCGUCCAUGGAGCUCCCCGAUCAUUAUACUACCAGAAAUUCCUGCGCCGUGAAAUUGUAAUUGCAGAGGAACUGGAUCUUCAUCUUGUUUGGGCCAAGUCGAGAAUAUUUAUCAAGCCACUACCGGACUUUCUCCUCAACUACGAUUUCUGGGAGGCCAACAUAUCCUGUGACCCUCAAUUGCACCGAGCAGCGUGCGGGCUUCUGUACUCUUAUUGUGGCCUUAUUCGCUUUGGUCAUGAUUUGCGGGUGGCUCAAGAAUCUCGUCUAAUCAAUGAGAACUUGGACUACCGAGCUUGGGCGGAAUUUGCCCGUACAAUACUACCAAAUCUCAACCCCAAGGACUCUAAUAUCAUGGACAAACGAUUCCAAUACGGCGAGUUGCGGUUAAAUCGGCUCGAUACGAUUUACCGAUAUUCGCCUUACAAGUUUUCCAUAUCCAGUAUCCUUCAAGGCUUCCCCCAUGCUUUGACCGAGAGCUAUGUGCCUUACAUGGACCAGUACAAUAACGCAGUGUCAGCGUUUGGUAUCAUUGUUAUUAUUCUGUCGGCUUUCAAUCUAUCAUUAGCCUCACACUCGAAAAGUCCAGAUCCUGAUCUUCAGCAAGCAGCAUACGGUUUCAGUAUAUUCGCGAUGAUAUUAUGCGCCGCCCUUACUGGAUUGUUUAUUGUAUUACCCUUGGUUUCCUCACUAGCGACAAUCUAUGGCUCUUUUGCCAUACGAAGACGACUUGAGAAAAGAAAUGAGGACAAUUACGCGUAGCUUAGUUAUUAUUACCCGCACUCUGUAUUCUUGGUAUAAUAUACUUUGUUUGGGAUGUUUAC